GGAGCGGGCGAGUGGGCGCUAUUCGGGCAGGUUUCACCUCCCGCCCCGCUCUCUCCUGUCCCGCAGCCCCGGCGGCCAGGACCGCGCAGCAGCCGCGCCAGGGCCGGGCUGUGCCGGCCGCSCCGCAAAUGAAGUGCGAGAACUGCACCAAAAAGGAAUGCAGUAAAAAACAGAAAAAUGAUGAUACACAAAGUACRUCUGUUGAUGCAUUGAGUUCAAAUGAUGGCAUUGAAGAGAAAAAUGAGUUUGAUACAUUGGCUAAUGCUAAAAUACUCCUUAGCGACUGCCUAGCUUGUGACAGUUGCAUGACAUUGGAAGAAGGAGCCAGAGUUUUCCAACAGAAUCAGAAGGAGUUCUUUCGUAUUCUCAACCUUAAUAAGAAAUGUGAUACCUCAAAACAUAAAGUGUUGGCAGUGUCUAUAUGCCCUCAGUCAUUGCCUUAUUUUGCCGCUAAAUUCAAUCUCUCUGUGAAUGAAGCAGCCAAGAAACUCUGUGGUUUCCUCAAAAGUCUUGGGGUGCAUUAUGUAUUUGACACCACUAUAGCUGCGGAUUUCAGUAUUCUGGAGAGUCAGAGGGAAUUUGUGCAGCGGUACCAACGGAGGAACCAGGAGGAACAUGCCUUACCUAUGUUUGCCUCUGCUUGCCCUGGUUGGAUCCGAUAUGCUGAAAGGGUACUCACCAACCUGGUGACCUCUCACAUUUGCACUGCAAAGUCUCCACAGCAGAUCAUGGGCUCCCUAGUGAAGGGCUACUUUGCCAGACAGCAGAACUUGUCUCCUGAUAAAAUUUUCCAUGUAGUUGUGGCGCCUUGUUACGACAAAAAGCUGGAAGCCUUGAGGGAAGAUUUCUACACUGCCUUGUAUAAUUCACCAGAAGUUGAUUGUGUCCUGACAUCAGGUGAAAUUGUCCAAAUAAUGGAACAGAAAAAUGUGUCUAUGAAAGAUGUGACUGAAGUAGCUGUAGAUAGUUUGUUUGAUGACUUAAAGGAGGGAGAURUAGUAAGGCAUGAUGGGAACAGAUCUGAUGGUUACCUGGAGCACAUUUUUAAACAUGCUGCAAAGGAGCUUUUUGGCAUGGAUGUCAAGGAAAUCACCUACAAAGCAUUAAAGAACAAAGACUUUCARGAAGUUACCCUUGAAAAGGAUGGKGAGACAGUGCUGCGUUUUGCAGCAGCAUAUGGCUUCAGAAAUAUCCAAAACAUGGUCCUGAAGUUGAAAAAAGGAAAGUUUUUAUACCAUUUUGUGGAAGUCCUUGCCUGCCCAGGAGGGUGCCUAAAUGGAAAGGGUCAAGCCCAGACUGAGGAUGGCAAACCAGACAAAGCCCUGCUUUCCCAGAUGGAAGAGGUGUACACUGCAAUUCCAGUUAGGCUGCCAGAAGCCAACCUGCAUGUACAGAGGAUGUACCAGGACUGGCUGGAGGGCAUGGACUCCAAGAAGGUCCAGGACACUUUGCACACCACGUACAGUGCAGUAAAUCAAACCACGAGCAGUUUGGAUAUCAAAUGGUAACAAAUGCAGGUGCAGAGCUGCGUUGAGGUUACAGGGCAGCACCGGAGUCCCCUCUAUGCAAUCGCGGCCACUGAGCAUCAGCGAGGGUGGGAGUGAGCUCUGCCCAGCUGGGGAUUGUUCUUGGGAAGAGACMUUGCUUUUCAAAAGCAGAGAAGUCACCAAAAGCCCUGAUUCCUGCCACUGUCAUUUAACUUUUACUGUUUGUCAUUUCCUGCAUACAAUGGAUUUCUUCAUUUGAAAACUUGAACUUGCAAGGUACAUCAGCCCUUUCUGCCAGGGAUAGGGAGUGUAAUUCAUGAUGAAGUUAAUCCCUGAAGUGAAGGGUUCACUGCACAAARUGGGCUCCUCCAAGAGGGUGAGAUGAUUUUACUCCUACUCGUAGGUCUGCAAUCCCUGUUAUCACAGGAAAACAGUCAACAGGAAUUUCAGUAUUGAUGCAGUUGGUGUGAAGUAACUUGGGAUUUAUUUGCCUUGUUARGGAAAAGGCCCUUUUAAAGAACAAGUGAGUGUAUGAAGAGAUGUAAUUARUUUCUAUAAGCCUUGUAUUCAUAAUUCAGCAAAAAAUACUCAGUUCUAAACUAGCCACCAUUUSUUACUGAUGUAAUGUCACAGAAUGCUUCUUAGAAACUGAACCUGGGAAGCUAAAUGGUUCAUGUAAAAUAGUUCCAAAUAUGUUGGUUGGUACAAAAAGAGAACUUUCUUUCCUUGUAAGUUUUCUGCCAGCUUGCAGCCAGGAGGAGUGGUGCUGUUCAUUUUGGCUUCUCUCUGAGAGUGAAACAUGCCCAGAUUGUUCUUUCAUUUGUCUCCAUGUUGAAAGACUUCUGCAAAAAAUAACUUCGUGGGGUGCCUCUGAGAAAAAAUACUGAGCAAUGCUUGUAAGCUCAUCAAAGUUACAAUACAUCAGCAUAAUGAAUUUUGAUGCACUUACUUUUAUAAAUAUUCUAUAGGUUCAUUUAACAGACAUUGUGAAGUGGUACUGCCAUGCAGCUUGUCUGCAACUUCCCCAGUUGUCAGAGAGUUACUCAAGAAUGUGAUGGACAAAAGAAAUUGGGCUCCUGACAGAUUUCUUCAGAUUUUCCUUGUAGCAUCGGAUCUGUUCACAAUUAAUGGCUGUUUGAAGCUAGCAAAAUUCUAGAUUUUCUUAUGCAGCCUCAAUGUGUCGAUGGGCUUUUUUAACCAUUUCAUGCAGUUUGAAUGAAUCUUCUUUUAAAUUUCUUUAAUAUUACAACUGCUUGUGUGAUUAAGAAAUCCUGCAAAAAACUCUGUAUUUGAAAUCUAUAUUUAACCUGGACACAAUGGAAUGGGAUGCAGCAUCAGGGAAGGCAGGGCAAGACCUGGCAUUGGCUAGACCAGGAAGGCUGCGAAGGAGAGAKGCAGUGAAGUGUCAUCCUGCUGACAAGAAACAGCUGUCUUCAUAKGAAGCUGUUAAUAAUUGCAGUUUUCCAUUGGACCUCCACCUAAAUAACAAACCACURCACUUGGAGGGAUGUUUUCUUUCAAGUGCAAAUGAGUUUGAUUACUGCACUGAAUGCCCACAWUGAGAUUAUGCCCAUGAAUUAGAUAAAUUAGCUUUUGCAAGUUGUUCCUUGUGAUAAGAACAUGAUAGGUAAUGUGGUGCAAUAUCAAAACAUUGACAGAAAUCUACCUCUGAACAGGAAGGCAGUCCAGGAGUCUGUGGGAAGAGCUGUGUGUAGCAGGAACUGUAGUAGAUGUCUGUUAGAGAAAGAUGGGGUGUUGUGUGACAUUUCACAACAGAUUACUUUCAGAAACAACAUACACCUCCUUUGGUCUGAUUUUCUUUAUCUGCCRUGAUUUCCUCCAAAAACUCCAUCAGAAUUCUAAUGUAAUAAAGUGGUCCUGUUCUGUUUGUAUAGGCCUGUUUCUCUGUAUAUAUGGUUUGUAGYUGGAUGCAUGUUUAAAUUAUAUUGCUGCUGCUCUUUGUACAGUGUGCUUAUUUWUUUAUGUGCGUAUACUGGGURAAAUGGUACAGAAAAAGUUUGCUUUUCUGAGGAAAUCUUUGGUAACCUGCACAAGAGCUGCCUUGCUGUUCUGAAAGCAGCCCCUGGAGUGUUUGUAGGAUGUGAUGGAUCCUCCUCGGGGCUGUGUGGUGCUUUGGCCAGUGUCUGCUGCACUGAAGGGCCCUCGCUCCCUGUGCUGCUGGGGGACCCCAGGAAGGGGCUGGGCACUGGGUGAAAUACAUCUUCUCUGCUCUUACUACAAGGGAAAUCGGUGGCUCAGUGUCUAAAAUAACCUGUUCCAGUUGGAUCCACCAUUUCUUUCAUCUGCUCAAGUGUUUUAACCUGUUGAGCUAGUUUCAGUGUAAAGAGCUGUUGAGUUGUCUGCUGCAGAAUUCAGAAUGUCUCUGUUACCAUUAGUGACCUAAGUAACUGAGACUUGUAAUUUUUUUUUUUGUCAGCCUUUGUUUUAUAAGACUUUUUGGAGUAAAAUGUUUUAGUUUUUUAAAGGCUCUUUUUUAAAGUGCAAGUUUAAAAGGAAGGUUCUGCCCCUUAAGUCUUUACCCCUUCACCUGCUUUCAUUGAAAUUUUAACAUCUAUUAUAAAACCUUAUUGCAGCUUCACAUAUAGUAAAAUACUUGCCUAAGGCUUGAUUCUGGCUUUUAAAUCUGCAGUUGGAAAGUCUAUUAUUGUUGACAAUAAAUAUUUGUAGCCACAUUUCUGAAAUUACAGUAGUAUUUAGUUCCCUGAUUGGAUUUUGACAAAUAAUAAUUUCUAUUGCUAAUGCCUUUUCAGCAACAGGAAAAGCUCCUACCAUGGCCACAACGYUUUACCUCUCCCUUGUGUCCCUGAGACAAGAGGAUUUUUAGAAAAUUACAAAGUAGAGUGAUUAUGGGAAAGGAACUGGACCUAACAAAUGAAUUAAUAAAAUUGUCUUGGGGUGUUCUUGACUUGAGCAUGUCAGGUGCUGGAUUUUUGGGGUUAUAGCACUUUACUCUGAGACUGCUCCAGCAUGUUGUGAAGUCCCUUUGCCUGGUGCAGGAGGUUUCCCUCAGCCACAGCACCUGUGUGUGUCCACUGUGGCCAGUGCCAUGGGCAGUCCUGGGCUGUGCUCUCCCCAGGAAUAAUGCAAAUAUCCAUAUGCAGCAAUUACAGCUGGAUUACAGUUGGAUGAUGUUCAGUUACCCACAUUUUGGUGCUUUGUUUUCAAAUGCAGCAUGACCAUGAAUUGUCGUAAAUAAAUUUCCAUACUCAA